CCGAAACCAUAGGCAAAACUGCCCACAGUUUCUAAAGAUUCCCAGUUUCAAUUAUCACCACCAGCCACUCUCUCUUUGUUACUCAUCGAUCCUAUUUAAGCUUCCUCUCUGACUCUCUCAAUUCAAAUUGCAUCCACCUCUCUUAAACUAAAAACAGUUUCUGAGAUCCCAAGAGAAGCAACAAGAAUCGAAUUGAAAAAUGAGUUGGACGAGCAGAGCUUGGAUCGUGGCCGCAAGCCUUGGAGCUGUGGAAGCACUUAAGGACCAAGGGUUAUGUAGAUGGAAUUACGCCUUCAGAUCGAUCCAUCAACACGCCAAGAACAAUCUUGGAUCUCUUUCUCAGGCCAACAGAAAACUACCCUCUCCCUCUUCUGCAGUAGCGAUGGCUAAUAAGGUGGUUUCAAGUGAUGAAAAGAUGAAGCAAUCUGAAGAAUCUCUCAGAAAAGUAAUGUUCUUGAGCUGUUGGGGUCCUAAUUGAUCUAGGAUCAAAAUUAAUGCUAUUUUUCGUCUAUCCUGUAAAUACUAAAUGAACUUGUUUGAAUGGCAAUAGAGGGGGAAAAAAAAAUGAUAUUUUUACUCGGCA